AUGUUUAGCACAAGUAAUUCCUAUUGCAAUUUGCAAACCAAACUUGCUUUUCUCUCUCUCACACACACACGGACACAGAGAGAGAGGGGUAGCCACACGCACGGCACAGUAGCGUAGACUGUGCUAUAAUGGAGGUGAAUAGGGGGGAGGAGGAAGACGUGAACCUGGAGCUCACCCUCUGCUACACCUCGGCCUCCUCGCCGGAGCCCAUCGGCUUCUUCCUCUGCAUGUACUGCGACCGCAAGUUCUACAGCUCGCAGGCGCUCGGCGGCCACCAGAACGCGCACAAGUACGAGCGCAGCCUCGCCAAGCGCCGCCGCGAGAUCGCCGCCGCGCUGCGCGCCCACGGCGCGCCGCCGCCGCCGCCCGCGCCCGGUGGCGCCGGCGCAGCUGCAGCUCAGAAGGCGGUGGGCGUGGAGGCGCAGCAGAAGCACCAGCACGCUCCCGUGGUCGGCGGCUUCGCGCGCGGCGGCGGCAAGAGCUCGCCGCCGGCCGCCGAGUACGGCGACGGGCUGGACUUGUCCCUCAGGCUUUGAUGCCCUCCUCUCCGGCGCCGUCGGCUUCUCUUCGCUCGCUGCUGCUCUCUGUUGUUAAUUUCUCGGUAUGUCGUCGAUCGAAGCCUACUUAAUUAGCUAGCUUUGCCGAGUUCAGUCGUGCCAAAUCUCUCAAUUAUUGGGCAUUUUCUUUGUGUGUGUGAGUGUCAAGAACAUGUUUUUGCAUGCUGCUCUCGUGUGUUUGCUGGAAUUUUUUUAUCGAUCUGUGCCUCCCUCUUCUGGUUGAGUUUGCUCCGAUGAUCGAUGGAAUUUCCCCCAAUUUACCAGGAGAGAUUUCGCCAAUUGAUGGAGAUUUCGGCUGGUGUAUGUUGUCUCCUUUUUUUUUUCCCUCUAUCGAUUAGCUAAUUUGUUUUGGGCAGAUCUGUAAUAAAAAGUGUGUUUCGUUGAGAGGCUUCACCCAAA